CGCGCCGCGCUCGGCGUUCCGUCUCGGCCUGACCGGUACUGCCCGAGCCGGAGCUGGGCGGCGGAGGCCGCGGAGGCCGCGGAGCUUAGAAGGGCGAGUGUGCGGGUCCCGGGUCGCUGCGACCUAGGGCUGCUAGCCGCGCGGACGGCGGUUGCUGUUUGGCCAGGCCUGUCCCAGGAUGGGCGGCCGGACUAGGGGCGACUGAUGGGGAGUGCGGGCAUCCCGGGGCAGCCAGUAAGAGGACUCCCUGGCCCCAGAUGGCAGAAGCACACGGAUUCACCCGGGCUUGUCGGUGGCCCGAGAGAGCUUGAGGUCUUCUGUGGGUUGAAAUGUCUAUGAUUUUAUCUGCCUCCGUCAUUCGUGUCAGAGAUGGGCUGCCGCUGUCUGCAUCGACUGACUAUGAGCAGAGCACGGGGAUGCAGGAGUGCAGAAAGUACUUUAAAAUGCUCUCGAGGAAACUUGCUCAACUUCCUGAUAGAUGUACACUGAAAACUGGACAUUACAACAUUAAUUUUAUUAGCUCUCUGGGAGUGAGCUACAUGAUGUUGUGCACUGAAAAUUACCCAAAUGUUCUGGCCUUCUCUUUCCUGGAUGAGCUUCAGAAGGAGUUUAUUACCACUUAUAACAUGAUGAAGACAAAUACUGCUGUCAGACCAUACUGUUUCAUUGAAUUUGAUAACUUCAUUCAGAGGACCAAGCAGCGAUAUAAUAAUCCCAGGUCUCUUUCAACAAAAAUAAAUCUGUCUGACAUGCAGAUGGAAAUCAAGCUGAGGCCCCCUUAUCAAAUCCCAAUGUGUGAACUGGGAUCAGCCAAUGGAGUCACAUCUGCAUUUUCUGUUGACUAUAAAGGUGCUGGUAAGAUUUCUUCUGCCCAUCAACGACUGGAACCAGCAACACUGUCAGGGAUUGUGGCGUUUAUCCUUAGUCUUCUAUGUGGCGCUCUGAACUUAAUUCGAGGCUUUCAUGCCAUAGAAAGCCUCCUGCAGAGUGAUGGUGAGGACCUCAAUUACAUCAUUGCAUUUUUCCUUGGAACAGCAGCCUGCCUUUACCAGUGUUAUUUACUUGUGCACUACACCAGCUGGCGGAAUGUCAAAUCAUUUUUGACUCUUGGCUUAAUUUGUCUGUGCAACAUGUAUCUCUACGAACUGCGCAACCUCUGGCAGCUUUUCUUUCAUGUGACUGUGGGAGCAUUUGUUACACUGCAGAUCUGGCUGAGGCAAGCCCAAGGCAAGGCUCCUGACCAUGAUGUCUGACAUCUCCCUUCAGCUGAUUGCCUUUGCCUUCAGGGGACGAAGGAGAGGACAUAUAUUAACUGUCACUGUGAUGAAGAAACCAGUCACCACACACGAGAAGCUCUGCUUUCUUUCUCUCCCAUCUCCCUUUUUGUUUUUACAAAUCAGCCUGGCAUGCCUGUGAGCAUGCAAGAGCUGCUCAGAAAACUCUCAGAAGAACCCCACAGUGGAAUGUCAGGCCUAUCACACAGUAGAAGUUGUUCAGCAUCACCUGAAGACCUAACCAAAACCCGGGUGUGGAGCGUGCUCUGAGGACCAAGCAGGAACACUACAACCUGAGUCUGCCUUUGUGAGGAGGCAUUAGUGUAGACCAAUGAAGAAGAUGCUGCAGGGAUUGGAAAGUUAUAAUCUCAAACAACGACUGUAUUAAAUGUCAGAUUGUUUGCACAGUUAUAGUACCAAGAGUUUAUGAAGUCCAGAAUGGUGUGAAAUCGGUUCCUUUACUUUUCUGUUUCUGCCAGCUUCUAACUCUGGAAAUAACCUGGUGUGGGAGAAGGCUGUGAUGUAUAUCUCUAGAAUAUCACAAAUCCUGAUGACACAGUGACUUGUGGUUUCUUUCUAGACCAUGUUUGUCAUUUAUUUUGAAAUCACUAAAAAUACAUGAUUCAUUUGACCAUUGUGGUCUCCCAAACUCUUUAUCAUUUGGGUACUGGGUUUACUGUUAUUUGCUUAAAAACUUUAAAGUAUUUAACAAAGAAAGGAACCCCAACUCCAAGUGGAAAAUCAGUAUCACUUUGCCAACAUAAAAAGAAAUGUUAAGUUCUUACAAGAUCCUGAGACCUGUCAGGGCUCCAAAUCUAAGCGCCCUCUGUGGGACCAUCAGAGGAGAAUAGGAGGGUGCAAAGGAAGUGACAUGGUCACUGUGACGCCGCAGCACUGUUAAGUUGUGUUUUGCACCCAAAACCAUCUUGCUUGUUGCACAGGUAUGGUGCUGAGGGGCUUCUCCUUACAACUCUGUUACUUCAUGGUUUGGGGAGGUAACUAGUAUCCAGAAGAAAUAACACUCUUAUACCCUUAGAAAGAUGACUCAAGCCAUUUUGAAUUCAUAAUAUGGAAGCACAGCUUGAUUGUAUUUGCAAAAAUCUACAAGUCACCUGCUUUGGAAGCCAUCAUGAGUGAUUUGCCUUUGUUUUUAAAGAAAAGAUUCCAAACAAGGAAUACAUAGGAUUCUGGUAUUUUAUACCAUCCCUCAAAACAAUGGACUUGAUGUGGAAUUCCUGUUGGGGCUGUAGUUAGUAGAAGGAGUCCAGGUCAGCUCACUGACCUGCUUAAUCAGCCUAACCCACUGUGUGGACACUUGUGGAACUGGAAGAUCUUCAUACCUGGAACCUUCUGUGCCCCUCUUUCUUAGAAGAAUAAAGUAGAAGGAAGGCAGUAAGUGGUUUUAUGAUGUCCAUGGUUUAUUUAAAAAGAGAAACUCUAAGUCCAUCUAGUCACUGCUGUAACAAAGCUGCAGAGUUAUCCUGUACCUUCUGAGAGAUACCCCAAGGCAUCACAUGAGCCUAAGCCAUCAGAACCACAUGGACUGUGUUUGGCAUUUUAUACUCAUUGAGCCUUGUAAGUAAAGUGGUUCGACUUCGGAGCGGUUUCUAAGCUAGUGGGUAGAGCAAAAGAGAUUUCUUGUAAAUAGUCAAUUAACCAGGAAGCUCAGGUUUUCUGGUUAGUUGUGGUUUUACUACAUCUUGGUUUUUGACAGCUCUCUUACCGUUUUGGUUCAGGAGCUACACCAUCAUCACUGAGUUGAGUUACAGCAUUUAUAUUUGGAUCCAUUCAUCGGGCACACUUGAAAAUCCCCAGCUACUUCUAAAAGCUUAGCUUGUUUUUUUCUGUCUUUGUUUUCAUCAGCUGUUUGGGGUAAGAGGAUGUUUGUAUCUUAAUGUACAGAAUGAAAUUACUAUAAAUUAUCUUUUCUGUA